AUGCCUAUGAGGAUGAUGAGUUUAAGAUAUAUACUAUUUGUUAAUAGUAUGAGAGAUUAUAUCUUUUAUAUAUAAAACUAACUAUUUUUAAGAAUUUCAGCAUUCAAAGUCAAUGAUUUGAUUGAUGAAUUAUUAUUAGUUUAUGAAGAUAACUUAAAAAUAAGAGAUGUAAAUUUAACAACAUCUAUAGAUUUAAGUGAUAAUAAUCAAGUUAUAUUUACUGAUUUAGAUAGAGUAAAUAAAUUAUUAUUAAUUAGUUAAAAUAAAUAUUGGCAUGUUUAUUAUCUUAUUGUUUAAAAUAUACAACUGCUUCUUAAUUGAAAUUAGAUAUCAAAAGUUAUACUGUAAGUGGUAUUAUGGUAUCAUUUAAAGACAGUAUGAUAGCUAAAGAUGA